GAAAUGGGUCUGAUGUUGUUGCCAAACAUUACAGUGUGCGGAGCAUCCUUCCGCAGAUCUUCCAGCAGCAGCAGCAGCAGCAGCAGCACCAGCAUCUCAGCUCAGAGCGCAAGUAAGGAGGCAACACGAGGCUUUACUACAACCUUUGCAGGGAAAGUGCCAAACAGCAGUCACAUUCACUGACACUGUUGUAAUAAGCCACAUCAGAGUCUGCAAUUAGAUGUAUCUUCCAGUGCGGCUGGAAAACAUGGGACGGCCGUGUUACGCGUCACUGGUGUUUCUCAUCUGCUCCCUUGUUCAGACAAAUGCAUUGACAACAUGUGGAACCACGCAGUUCCAGUGUGGGAACGGGAGAUGCAUCACGGUCAGAUGGGUGUGUGAUGGCACAGAUGACUGCGGAGAUGGCACAGAUGAACUUCCUGGUACUUGCUUGGCUAAAACGUGCAGACCGACAGAGUUCAGUUGUUCGGACCGCCUUAACCAUUGUAUACCGAGCAGUUGGCGCUGUGAUGGAAAAGCUGACUGUGAGAAUGGAGCUGAUGAAGAGAGCUGUGCGCCCAAGCAGUGCACAGACACAGAGUUCCACUGCAGGAAUGGCCAAUGCGUGUCAAGCUCAUUCGUGUGCGAUGAUGAGGCAGACUGUGAUGACGGCAGUGAUGAGGCCUCUUGCCCACCUGUUACCUGCAACUCUGCGUCCUUCCAGUGCAACAACACUGUUUGCGUUCCUCGCCUGUGGUCCUGCGACGGUGACGCCGACUGCCCUGACGGCUCGGACGAGUGGCCCCAGAACUGUGGUUCAACGGGACAUGCCUCUUCUACCACCCACCGCUGCUCAGCCCUGGAGUUCCGCUGUGGCAGCGGAGAGUGCAUCCAUAGCAGCUGGAAGUGUGACGGAGGAGCCGACUGCCUCGAUCGAUCAGACGAAGCUGACUGUGCUCAUCCCACCUGCCGCCCUGAUGAGUUUGAAUGCGGUGAUGGCACUUGUAUCCAUGGAAGCCGCCAGUGCAACCAUCAAUAUGACUGCAGGGACAUGAGUGAUGAAAUUGGAUGUGUCAAUGCAACCCACUGUGAGGGCCCCACCAGGUUUAAGUGCCGCAGUGGGGAGUGUAUUAGCAUGGAGAAGGUGUGUGACAAGCGGCGUGAUUGCAGGGAUUGGUCAGAUGAGCCUCUUAGGGAAUGUGGCUCCAAUGAGUGCCUGUACAACAACGGUGGCUGCUCUCAUAUCUGCAAUGACCUUAAGAUUGGCUACGAGUGCUUGUGUCCCACUGGAUACAGCCUGGUUAACGAGAAACGCUGUGAAGAUAUUGAUGAGUGUGCCAACCCAGACACCUGCAGCCAGAUCUGCAUCAACCAGAUAGGCAGUUACAAAUGCGAAUGUGAGGAGGGUUACCAAGUUGACCCAGCAACUAAAGCCUGCAAGGCCAUUGGUACAGUAGCCUACCUUUUAUUCACCAACUGCCAUGAAGUCAGAAAGAUGACUUUGGACAAAAGUGAGUACACCAGAGUUAUCCCCCGUCUAAAGAACGUUGUGGCCCUGGACAUGAACAUGGCCACCAAAGAGAUAUACUGGUCAGACAUCUCCAAAAAGAAGAUCUACAGAGCUCAGAUGGACACGGCAGAAGACUCCACUCAGCACAGCGUAGUGAUCGGUAGUAACAUCGAUGCUCCCGAGGGCAUUGCUUUCGACUGGAUCCAUGGUAACCUGUACUGGACUGACAGUGUCCGCAGCACCAUCUCCGUGGUAACUGCUAACGGUAGCCGUCGCAAAACUCUCUUCCAGCAAGGCUUAUCUAAACCCCGCGCUAUUGUGGUCGACCCCCACAGCAACUUCAUGUACUGGACUGACUGGGGGAAUCCUGCUAAGAUUGAGAAGGCAGGUCUAAAUGGAGCAGACCGCACCGCUCUGAUCACUGACAACAUUGUGUGGCCUAAUGGAAUUACACUUGACCUGUUGAACCAGCGGCUCUACUGGGUGGACUCUAAGCUGCACACCCUCUCCAGUAUCGACGUGCAGGGCGGUGGUCGACGCACCCUUAUCAUUGACGAACACCAUCUGGGUCACCCGCUGGGACUCACCGUGUUUGAGGAAAGACUUUUCUGGACAGAUGUCAGUAACAAUGCUAUCCUGAGUGCAAACAGGGUGACUGGUGAAGACAUCACACCUUUGGCAGAGCACCUAUCAUCACCAGAAGACAUUAUUCUCUACCAUAACCUAAAACAGCCUGCUGGCAGGGAUUGGUGCCAAGUGUCCAAUGGUGGCUGUGAAUUCUUGUGCCUGGCAGCUCCUCAAGUGGGCAGGCAUCCCCCCAAAUAUACAUGUGCCUGUCCAGAUAACAUGAUGCUAGCGAGGGAUAUGAGGAGAUGUGUACCUGCUGUGCCAACACCUGCAGCACCCAUUCAUCCUGAAGUUACACCCACCGCCCCACCUACCACCCCACCUACCACACCACCUACCACACCACCUACCACACCACCUACCAACCCACCAUUACCAGCCACGACUACACCCAGACCUCAGGUCCGCACCACCACAGUGCCAAUUGUAAUCACCAGCACUGUGGCCAAGACAGUGCCACGCACCACCAAGCCUCCAGUCCGGACCACCACACCUGAACCUAGGAUCCCUUCACCCCAGCCAGCGAAGCCAAAAUUCCCCCAGACCACCACAGAGGCUCCAGUCAUGACUCCAGAUAUCCAACAUGAAUUCACAGCAGCUAUACCCAAGACUGCCUCCACCACCCCAAUAGCUUUGUAUAUCAUCUUACCUCUAGCGAUCCUAUGUAUAGUGGCUGUCGGUGGCGUGCUGCUAUGGAGGAACUACAGGCUGAAGAACACUAACACAAUCCACUUUGACAACCCCGUCUAUCAGAAAACCACUGAAGACCAAGUGCACAUUUGGAGGAACCACAGCAGCGAUGGUUACACCUACCCAAAAAGACAAGUUGUAAGCUUGGAUGAAGAGGCGGACAAUCCAGCCUUCACAGAAAACUGAAAAAGGUUGGGCAGAGUGGAGAGAAGAGCCUCAGUGAUAAGCUACCUUAGACGUCCUUUUGUAUUUUUUUACCUCACAUAGCACAAAGAUAUGGAAGUCAAAGCCAGCAUCAGACAAGCUUGAACCACUAUAUCCUCACAGACGGACAAGUGCUCUACAGUGGAAAAACCAGGGUGAAACAUUUUUGUUUUGGUGCACUUUUUUUCCAUGGAGUUAACAGCUGACAAUCCAUUCCUCACCAAAUCAUACCAAAUUAUCAGAUGUUGGAUCCCUAAAUAUAAUGUUUUUUUUACUCUUUAUCUGAACUGGGAUGCUGAUGGUACAACUGGAGAACUCUGUCAUUGUUAAAGCCACAUAAUGUCUUCCUUCUCAUCCAUCAGUUUAACUGAGCUCAUUUAAUGCAAUAUAUAAUUGUGAAUUCCCUCUCAUUCAUGUUAGAUAGAAUUCAGAAAUAAGGUGUAAAUAUCAUUUUUUAAUUAUUUUUGUCUGCCAUUAGAAAGUGACAAGCUGUUGAUGGAACAUUAUCAUAUCUUGCACUAUUUCUAGUUUAAAGGAAUAGUUUUGCAUUUUGGGAAAUACAUGUAGGCCUAGAAUUAGAUGAGAAGUUUGAUACCACUCAGCUUUAACUAUGAAGCUAGAUCAAGAAGGUGAUAAGCUUAGCUUAGCAUAAAGCCUGGAAGCAGGGGGAGACAGUUAGCCUGGUUCUGUCCAAAAAGUAAAAAAUAUGC